AUGCCCCCCAUCGCCGCCCGCUCCGGCGAGCCCACAUGGUCGACCGUCAGCGCCUCGGCUGAGCGCCCCUCGUGGGCCUCGGGCGUGCAAUGGCGCCGCGCCAACGUGCUCAACCCGGACGAGUACGCCCAGGAGCUGGAAGGCGCCGACGCCGUCGUGCACAGCAUGGGCAUCCUGCUCGAGGCCGACUACAAGGGCGUGCUGCAGGGCAAGGAGUCGCCCUUCAGUGGCCUGUCGCGCGCCUUCUCCGCCACCAAGCAGGGCAGCCAGAACCCGCUCGACCGCAAGCCCGGCGAGGAGCUGCGCCCGCAGGAGAAGGACGGCCAGCUCACGUACGAGCUGAUGAAUCGGGAUUCCGCCAUCCUCCUCGCCAAAGAGUCGUCCACCCACCGCGUCCCGGCCUUUGUAUACAUCUCUGCCGCCGCCGGCGCGCCCGUCCUGCCCAAACGCUACAUCACCACGAAGCGCGAGGCCGAGUCGACCAUCGCCUCGCAGUUCCCGCUCAUGCGCAGCGUGUUCAUCCGCGCGCCCUUCAUGUGGGACUCCUCUCGCGCCUUCACCGUCCCGCUCGCCGCCGCCACGGGCGCCGCCGCGCUCGUCAACAGCACCGUCGGCGGCCGCCUGACGUGGUUGAUGGGCGCGGGUGGCACGAAGCCUCUCAAGGCCGAUCUUGUCGGCGAGGCGAUUGUCGAAGCUAUCGAAGGCGGUGAGGCGAGUGGACCCGUUGAAGUGCCUGAGAUUGAGACGCUGGCGACGAAGCAUUGGAGGCGGAAUAUGCUGUAA